GCGGCGCUCCGGCGCCAAGUCGGCGCGCUGACGUGAGACGCUCCAGGUACUUUCCCCACGGCCCGCCGGGCUCGGCGUGAGGGCGGGGCGGGGCGCAGAGCGCGCAUGCGCCGCAGCGCCAGCGCGCUCCCCGGAUCGUGCGGGGCCUGAGCCUCUCCGCCGGCGCAGGCUCCGCUCGCCCUAGCUGGUUCUCGUCGCCAUGCCCACCACCAUCGAGCGGGAGUUCGAGGAGUUGGACGCUCAGUGUCGCUGGCAGCCGCUGUAUUUGGAAAUUCGAAAUGAGUCCCAUGACUAUCCUCAUAGAGUGGCCAAGUUUCCAGAAAACAGAAAUCGAAACAGAUACAGAGAUGUAAGCCCAUAUGAUCACAGUCGUGUUAAACUGCAAAAUACCGAAAAUGAUUAUAUUAAUGCCAGCUUAGUUGACAUAGAAGUGGCACAAAGGAGUUACGUCUUAACACAGGGUCCACUUCCUAACACGUGCUGCCACUUCUGGCUCAUGGUUUGGCAGCAAAAGACCAAAGCAGUUGUCAUGCUAAACCGCAUUGUGGAGAAGGAAUCGGUUAAAUGUGCACAGUACUGGCCAACAGAUGACCGAGAGAUGCUGUUUAAAGAAACAGGAUUCAGUGUGAAGCUCUUGUCAGAAGAUGUGAAGUCAUAUUAUACAGUACAUCUACUACAAUUAGAAAAUAUCAAUAGUGGUGAAACCAGAACAAUAUCUCACUUUCAUUAUACUACCUGGCCAGAUUUCGGAGUCCCCGAAUCACCAGCUUCAUUUCUCAAUUUCUUGUUUAAAGUGAGAGAAUCUGGCUCCUUGAACCCUGACCAUGGGCCUGCGGUGAUCCACUGUAGUGCAGGCAUUGGGCGCUCUGGCACCUUCUCUCUGGUAGAUACCUGUCUUGUUCUGAUGGAAAAAGGAGAAGAUAUUAACAUUAAGCAGGUGUUAUUGAGUAUGAGAAAAUAUCGAAUGGGACUUAUACAGACACCAGAUCAACUUAGAUUCUCAUAUAUGGCUAUAAUAGAAGGAGCAAAGUAUAUAAAGGGAGAUUCUAAUAUACAGAAACGGUGGAAAGAACUAUCUAAGGAAGAUUUAUCUCCUGCUUUUGAUCAUUUACCAAACAAAAUAAUGACUGAAAAAUACAAUGGGAACAGAAUAGGUAUAGAAGAAGAAAAACUGACAGGUGACCGAUGCACAGGACUUUCCUCUAAAAUGCAAGAUACUAUGGAAGAGAACAGUGAGAGUGUUCUACGGAAACGUAUUCGAGAGGACAGAAAAGCUACCACGGCUCAGAAGGUGCAACAGAUGAAACAGAGGCUAAAUGAGACUGAACGAAAAAGAAAAAGGUGGUUAUAUUGGCAACCUAUUCUCACUAAGAUGGGGUUUAUGUCAGUCAUUUUGGUUGGCGCUUUUGUUGGCUGGACACUGUUUUUUCAGCAAAAUGUCCUAUAAAUAAACAAUUAAUUUUGCUCAGCAAGCUUCUGCACUAGUCGCUGACAGUGCUACGUUAAUCAUAAGGGUUUGUCUGUUCACAGCAAAUGCCUCAUGUCCCAUAAAUGGUGCAGUAGAAUAGACAACAGCCAGAUAAGUGGUAUUCACAGUCAGAAGCCCAACAUCUCAGGACUCUUACUGCAGGUUCCUCUGAAACCCAGACUGUAAACAGCGUCUAAAAUAAAGGCAUUCAUGUUUGUUAAAAACUGGUACAUUUUGCAACUGUAUUCAUACAUGUCAAAAGUAGUAUUUCACCUGACCAACGUUGAGAAAUCCUUUAUCCUAGAAUUUGUUUUGGGAGACUAUCUGGAUUUUAACCUGCACUUGAUAUAAGCAAUAAAUACUGUGGUUUUAUCUACAUUAUUAAUGGAGAGAAAAUGACAAAUAAUGUGUGUAAUGUAUAAUGUACUGUUGACAUGGGCAGCAACACUUUAUAUUCUUAACCGUUUCAGGGUAGAUAUAUUUUAUAAGUAUUUAAUCUUAAUUUUGUAGUUAACUGUACUUUUUGAAAGCUCAAUUUGAAAAAUCUGUUACCAUAAAAAAAUAAAUUGUAUGUUGAUUCAAUUGUA